UUACACAAGGCACAAGAUGGAGGCAGAGGACAAAAUGGAGGAACUUCAGUUCUUCAUCACCUACAUGCGAUAUUGUCCCAAAUCGAUGGUUUUUCCUCUCAUUCCCGUUUAAUCAACCAGGAAAAACAACUCUUACUUCACCCGGGAAUCACUUCUUGUCAGGAUUAUGUAGUAAUCUAUUCACAAUACAUUUGCCUUUGCCAAGUAUAUGCUCAAUUAUAAAUAUAUUCUACAAUAUAUCGACAAAUCCAUAAGGCCUAAAUCUCCAGACUAUUGCAGCCAGAGACCCAGGGCCCUGUUGCUUAAUAGUAGGGCAAAGCAGGACCUCAGGGUCCUUUCUCAUUAUGUCUGAAGUCACUCCGUAAGGAAAGGGCUCAGUCCCUGCACCCCUCCUACUUCUUUUGGUUGAGACAGGGGCUCAUGAUAUCCCAGGCCGACCUCGAACCCCUAAGUGCUAGGAUUACACACGAUGCCACUGUGCCUGGCCCUGGAGAAAACCCUAGCAUCCAUUGUGGAGUCACCCUCCACGUUUCCUUGGCAACCUAACCGGAGGGGGCGACUGCGGGCACACAGCCCCUGAAGGCCGCGGAGGGACGCAGGUCCUUUAGGUGUCCUAGGGGACACCGCAGAGUUGAGGGCCAGUGACUUCCCGAAUCGUCGGCUCUGGUCCAGCCCAUGGCGGAGGCGCGGGGGCUGCGGCGCGGUGGCGUGAAGCACGAGCUGCUGGAGAAGGUGGCGCGCCUGCGGCGGGGCGCGGAGCCCGAGGUGGCAGCGCGCAGAGCGGCGGGCGACAGCGGCUCGGGCUUGGGCUUCUGGUGCUGGCGGCGGCUGUUCGCGCGUGGAGCCCGGGGGGCGCGCCGGAGGAAGAGCAAGUUCCCACGGCCCGGCGCGGCCGCCCCGGAGCGCGGCGUGUGGGGACCUCUCGGCCUGCAGAGGCUGCUGCAGAGGCUGGCGAAGUGGCGGCGCCGCUACCUGCGGCGAGGGGAGCGGCCCGAGGGCCUGGAGGAGAUCCCGCUGCUCGUGCUGGACCGCACGCGGGCCGCCAAUUAG